CAGACCCAGUUUUGAGUCGUGAGUUGCGGAUGUGCAUCGAGCUACGCAUACAUGGCGGUUCGCGCUUCCUUCAUCAUAUUCCUCACAACGAGGGUUCACACUUGGCCCACACUGCUUCGUCGCGCUCCUCGAUCAUCAUUUCCAGCGUCAGCGUCCCUCGACUCACGAUUCGCGCCUGCCCAUCUCGCCCCGACGAGCAAGCGAACUCUCACAGUCGCGGGCGCCCCCUUGUCCUCGCACUCCCACCUGACGUAUUUCACUUGUUUCAGGUUGCCUGCAGGACCCUGUCGAUUUUCGGAUUGCGCGCACGUUCCCAGACGGACUUCAUUCGAAACGGCAGCCACAAGCUACCAGAGAGCUCUGAACCAAGUCUUGCAUCGCUAUCCGUGUCAGUCAACACCGACGUCGAGCGGCCAAGUAGCCAGCUUGCAGGAAAGCUGAAAGGGGUCUUUUUGGCGAAACGCAACUGAAUUGCUCACGAUGGCCAGAAACGGUGGCGGUGGCGGCUUUGACUUUAGUCUGCUAGCCAGCAAUCUCAUCUUGGGCGGCUCGAUUGGCAUUGCAGCCAUCGGCUGGUUCGUAGCAUUCAUUGGUCAGAUCGUGGCACAAGCAAGAACGAACGAGAAUGUGUCUCGCUCCUCAGACCAACUGGGAGUCUUGUGGUUCGGCAUAUUCGUGGAGCUGUUCCUCAUGAUCGGCGUCAUCCUCACCAUCGCUACGGAUACGAUUGCCAUUUCCAGGCUGCAGAUCAGCGCAUGGACCGCAGUCGGAUUAGUGUUUUCCGUCAUUGGCAUCGACAAGGGCAUCUACAGCGAUAUCGGCUCACUCGAGGCCAUGGCAGCAGGCUACUUCAUCCUGACAGUAGUCAACGUGAUCUGGCUACUCUUUUUCACGUCUGAAGAAGAUUCUGCAGUGUACGCCGCACUCUCUUCGGUGGGAUCUGGCGGCCUGUCCGGACCCGGUGCUAGGGGCGGAGCUGUCGGCGGAGGCAGACAAAUGCGUAUGGCUGGAGGAUCCGGCGCAGUAGGAAUGGGAAGCGGAAGCGGAGGAUUCGCCUCAGGUGGGGGCGCGUACCAACAAGCAUACGUCAACAGCCCAUCCACUGCGGAUGUCACCUCGACUGGUAGAGGUCUGGGUACAAGUACGGGCGUCAGCGGAGCGGGAGCUCCCAGCUCGCAGAGCGUCCGAAGCGGAUCGGUCGCAAACAGAGGCGCUGGCGCCAACGCUGCUAGUGGACCUGGAAGCGAGUAUGCCGGUAGCCAGGCUCACGCACCGGGCAGUCCGACUGGCUCCAAGAGUGCAGACGCAGACCCCAACUCUGGCUAUGGCUACCGGGCAAGAGCAUUGUAUGCCUACCAAGCGAACGCGGAUGACCCCACCGAAAUCUCAUUCGCAAAGGGCGAGCUGCUGGACAUUGUCGACAACUCGGGCAAGUGGUGGCAAGCGCGAAAGUCUACAGGCGAGACUGGUAUCGUGCCGAGCAACGUGAGCAGAUCGAGAUUGUGCGGCGAAGAGCGACGUUUCUGACUCUCAUCUUUUAUCCAUCAACCUGAAGUACAUGCAAUUGCUCUGAUCAACGAUGUCUCUUCUCUUUUGGAGCCGCCCUGCUUCGGAUUCUGUCUGUCGUGC